GAGAAGUAACUGUAUACUAACUCGAAAUAUACUAUUCUAUCUUGAUCGUUCAGUCAUCAUGUGGCGCAUUACUGAGACUCAUUCGGAUUUUCAUCUCUGGUUUAGUGAUGGAAAGCCCGUUGAUUCCAUACGAGGAGGUAACCUCGCAUCGUCUCGAUUGGUAAUUGAUAAGAAUGGCUUCCUUGACCUUACUGAGAUAACUCUACCUGAUAUGAGGUUGCUUAAUGCCAACGAUUCAAUAAUAGUUGUCAAGACAGAUCAAGAUUCUCCGCCCACAGGCAACAACACCCCAUUAUGGUUUGAGCUCUCUCUCCGGAUAGAUGGAGAUGGCGGUUUCGAACUAAGCAUCGUUAAAAGCCCUACCGUGGAGUCGAAUGAACGCGCAUCGGGAAAGCUCAAGCCACUCCCUGAAGUAUUCGAAGAGGAUGUCAAUUAUAUUAAUAAGAUGAUCGAAAGGAAUUAUGUUCCAUAUCAGAACAUCCCUGACGCCCCAGGGAAGACGGAAGAGGAAAUCAAAGCGCUCGGCAAAAGACUCUUCCCCUUUUCCCCCUUUAGUUUUCAACUCGCUAUGUGUAUCUACGAUUGGACCACUGCCUCGUUCACUCGUAUGGUCUUCAUGAAGAUAUUCGAGUAUACCGGCAUACCACCAACUCCCUUUCCUAUCGACGAUACUAGCGUCGCUGAGCAGAUCUGGGACAGCAACUGGCCCCCGUAUGAUCCGCAGAAUCCUGACUUCAUGAACUCUUUUAUGAUGAACCCCGCGCAGUCACUGGAAGAAGUCAAGGCGCAGUUAGAUAAAGUCGGCACCGAGCUUCAUAAAUUCAGCGAUGUACAGAACCGCCUGUUGUCUGCUGCAACACAAGCACUCCCUCGCGCCUCAAUUUUGUUGAAGCCGCAACUAUUUAGUGGGCAAGUGGACAUCUGUCAGCUGGGACUCGACCGCUUUGGUAUCGAAUUCCUUGAAUGUCCCCUCAACAAAGGCCCCGUUAGCGAAAGGCUAAUCUAUGCAUUCGCCGAUGCAAUGGCUAGCUACAUUUCUACGGGCAAUACUAUAACAACUAAGAUGGUCUGGAGCUUCACAGACAGCAUAGAAGAUGCCAUGCAUUACUCCAACGGAAUUCUACUGGUGGCUAACCCCCCCGGAGAAUCUUGGGUAUGGGAGUCGGCGGCAUACGUAACGGAUCUGUCAGAUGAUCCCAAGAAGAUAGAAUACGUAUUCGCGCCAGGGACACAGUUUGAAGUGCAAUCAGUCGAUCAAGCCAUAGCCGAAGACAAACACGUUGUUGUCAUUACCUUGGAGCCAAAGAUUACCCAACAACAGAUAACCACAAGCCACAAACUUACCAACGAAGUUCGAAAGGGACUUGCUAGUCCCCUCAAAGCAAGCGAAGCUAUACAACUCGUCCAAUCAUGCGGAACUGACAAUACGAGACUGCCUCAUACCAAGGACAGAUUUGGAGGAAGGAGGUGUGCUUGUUGUAGGCGUGUUUAACGGCCGGUAUGUAUCUUUCAUGUAGCUUUGCCACUCCCCCAGAGAAAGAUUAUGAAGUGCGGUAUUGUAUUUUGCUAACAAAGGGUAGGGCUAGGUAUUGAUCCCACAUGGACUCAUCUCCAUUAACCACGUUUGCCCUUCUUUAUUCGACUCUUGCGGCUAACUAGAAGGAGUUUAUCUUGACAUCAGUCUAUCUCAUAGGCUACCUCCUAGAUUUAAAAGAGCCAAGGGUAUUUCACUAAAGAUUCGGAGGCGAAGCUAUCAACCGUUACUUAUAGAAGCAGAUAGCUUACAGUCAUUUAAGUGCCUAUUAAAAUUAAGAUCAUACUUUAUUUUAAAUAUUAGGAUACCUAAGUACCUCCUAGAUAGUCUAUAUUGGUUUUUAGCUUUGAGGGAUUUGAAAUAAGUACCCAACUAGUAUCGCACUAUAAAAUUCUAGGUACAUCAUAAUUCUUCUUUUAC